AUAGCCCUAGCUAGAGGGCGAAAGAGAGAAGGAAAGAGGGCGGUCCAUCCAGGCAGCAGCUGCGCGCGUGACCCACACGAGAAUAUUUGGAGGCGUUCGUGGGCGUGGGGGCGUGUCAUGUGUGUGUGUGUGUGUGUCUGUGUGAGUGCGAGACAGUGAGACUGGAGAUAUAGCUAAAGAGGCGCAGCCUUUCUUUCUUCCUCACUCCCCCCUCACUCUCCCUCUCUUCCAGUCUUCCUCCCUGGGCUUAAGCUUAUAUUGCUGCUCCUUCUUCUUCUCCACCCGCCUUGAGUGACCGAGUCCCUGAGCUACUAGGUAGAAGCAGCGGGGUGUACGUGUGGUUGUGAGGGCCAUGGCUUUCCUUGUGGAGAGGUGCGGGGAGAUGGUGGUGUCCAUGGAGAUGGGCUCGGGGGCGGCGGGGGCGCACGGUGCCGGCGGCGUUGCUGGGAAGCCGGUGCCGGCGCCGUUCCUGACCAAGACGUACCAGCUGGUGGACGACCCCUGCACCGACCACAUCGUGUCGUGGGGGGAGGACGACGCCACCUUCGUCGUCUGGAGGCCGCCCGAGUUCGCCCGGGACCUCCUCCCCAACUACUUCAAGCACAACAACUUCUCCAGCUUCGUCAGGCAGCUCAACACCUAUGGAUUCAGGAAGAUAGUGGCCGACAGAUGGGAGUUCGCCAAUGAGUUCUUCAGGAAGGGAGCAAAGCACCUCCUCGCUGAGAUCCACCGGAGGAAGUCGUCGCAGCCGCCUCCGCCGUCAAUGGUGCCGCACCAGGCCGCGUACCACCACCACUACCACCUCGGCAACACCUUCUCGCCACCGCCGCCUCCACCGCCGGCGGCUCAUCAUCACCAUCACCCGGUGUACCAGCAUUUCCAAGAAGAGCCAGCGGCCGCGGCCACGUCGCACGGCGGAGGCAACGGCGGCGGCGACUUCCUGGCGGCGCUGUCGGAGGACAACCGCCAGCUGCGGCGGCGCAACUCGCUGCUGCUGUCGGAGCUGGCGCACAUGAAGAAGCUCUACAACGACAUCAUCUACUUCCUGCAGAACCACGUGGCGCCCGUCACGAGCCCCUCGUCGGCCGCGUUGCAGCGGCACCCGCCGCUCCCCGGCGCCGGCGCGGGGGUCGCCGCGUCCAACUCGUGCAGGCUGCUGGAGCUGGACAUGGACGUGGACCGGGACUCGCCGGCGGCUGAGGAGGACGACACGGUGAAGCUGUUCGGCGUGGCGCUGCACCACGGCAAGAAGAAGAGGGCGCACCGCGAGGAGCGCGGUGACGUCGUCGCCCAUGAUCUCGGAAGCGAGGUCUAGGCUGCUGCGCCGGCGAUCUCGCCCUCGAUCGGUCGUGUAUGUACAUAGAGAGGAGAGAGGAGUAGCUGUAGCUCGCUCGCUAGCUAGCUAGGUAGCUUUGCAGGCUUGGUUUCUUUUUGCGCGGGUGCUGGUCGAUUAGCUUGAGAGAUGAGUUAGGAUCAAUGAGGUCAUCGAGUAGUCUGCGAGAUGAGUUAGGAACGUAGGAUCAAUCAGGUCUCGAGUAGUUUGCUGCUUGCCAAGCCCUUGCACCAUUCUUCUUGAUAUGUUCUUUGCUGCCUUUGCCCCCAUGCAUGCACGAGGGCCUGCUAUCUUGCUCAUGCAAAAACUGGUUGCUCAAUGCUAUUAAGUGCAAAGUGUUCUCUUCUUUCUCUCA